CGGCAAGAAGUUUAUCCUUUUCAAUUUUUAUCAUCGCAACAAGACUCUAAUACAGAUGAUACUAUAAUUACCAAUUCAAUUAAUGAAGUUCAAUUUACAUCUACACCAUUAAUGCACUCUAAUACAGAUAAUGAAGUUCAAUUGAUGUCUACACAAACAAUGCAUUCUAAUGCAGAAUAUAAACCCGUACUUCUUGAUGCACUUAAAAUUGUGCAAGAACAAGAAAACGCUAAUAAUAUACAAUGGGCAUGGUCUGUUCAAGGAAGUUUUAAAGGCAUACAAAGUUUAGUAACGGAUAUUCAAUCUUACAGAAGAAGACUAACCAACCCGUGUACCUGGAAAGAUCAUAAUCAACAUACAAUGUUUUUAAAUUACUAA